AUGGCUUCUCGAUUCAUCGCACUCUCCCUCUUUGUGCUCUCCGCACUUGCGUUGCCAUCCCCACAGCUGGCACCGCGGCAGGCCGCAUGCGCGACAUCGUCGACACUCCCUGGGUACAACAAUACCAUCCUGCCGAACCCGUUUCAGUUCGAUGAUGGUACGCCUGUGACGACUGCUGAUGACUGGGCAUGCCGCCGCAGUCAGAUCGCUGCCUUGGUACAAGGUUAUGAGGCAGGGUAUCUGCCACCCGCCCCUCCAGUAGUCACUACUACUUUUUCCGAGUCCGGGAGCACAGGUACCUUGCCGCCGGGCUCAUUCUCGAACAACAUCACAUACCCAUCGGGUACGGCGCCCGCAUCUGAGUGGCCCUUGGUCAUUGCGUACGAUGCUCUGAGCAUCCCUGUUCCCGACGGUGUGAGUGACAAUUCCUGGACAAGCGUUCUCCACCGCGGGGUUGGCCUGUUCUACGAUCUCUACGGCUCCAACGCGACCGCGUCCGCUAUGACUGCCUGGGUCUGGGGCGUCAGCCGCAUUAUUGCCGCCCUCGAGCAAACCCCGGCAGCCAACAUCAACACGGCGAAGAUCGCCGUCACGGGUUGCUCUCGAGAUGGGAAGGGCGCACUCAUGGCGGGAGCAUACGAGACGCGUGACAGCGGCGACGCCGUGCAGCAGGCGACGGAGAUCGUGACCGAGGACCCCUGGUUCUCAGCCAACUUCAACAACUACGUCUAUAACAUCAGCGAGCUGCCGUACGACCACCACGAACUCGCUGCGAUGGUCGCGCCGCGCGGUCUCCUCUCGUAUGAGAACACGGAGAUCGAGUGGCUUAGUCCGCUGAGCGCAUGGGGAUGUAUGUCCGCUGCUCACAGCGUGUAUGAGGCCCUUGGCAUCUCGGACUACCACGGCUUCGUCCAGGUCGGCAACCACAGCCACUGCUACUUCCCGACGUCGCUCGAAGACUCGCUUUAUGCUUUCUUCGACAAAUUCUUGCUCGAUAAACCAGACACUAACACCGACUACUUCUCCACAAACUACGCCUUCAACGGUACGGUGUUUAACCCGAGCUACUGGAUCAACUGGACCACUCCCGAUCUGUCGUAA